AGAUGCCAGAAGCAAUUUCCUCUUGAAGCUGACUUCCUUUCUGGAAAUGAUUUUCGUCUCCAACCAUGUUGAGGCUCUUUUCGUGUUCUUUCAUUCUGAUUAACUUGUUUUUUUCCCCUCUGACUUCCCACUGCAGUUGAGAACUUCUGGAGCGAGAGCGACAGAUCUUGCUGCUCCCCCCACCUUUUCCUGCGAUUUAAUCAUUUGCAGAUCUUGCCAUGGGGUGCGGACUGAGAAAGCUGGAAGACCCAGAUGAUAGCAGCCCUGGAAAAAUCUUUUCUACAUUGAAGAGACCACAAGUUGAAACAAAGACAGAUUCUGCUUAUGAAUACGUAUUGCUGGAUUUUACGUUGGAAGCUUCCUCAAAUCCAGAAGUUAUCAAGAUCAGUUCUGUGUUGGAUAUAGCAUCUAAGGUGGAAGAAUAUUACAGCAAAGGAUAUGUCGUAGGAGCUGUUCAUCCUAUUCUACUGCCAGUUGGAUGUAGAAGGAAUUUCCCUGCAAGUCACAUGUAUCGAGUGGUACUUUCACGAUUAAAAUUAAGCCAGAAGCAUGCAGCACCCAGAGGACAAAGGCACCCCAGGCUGGUGAUUGAGGAAUGUCCUUUAAUGUAUGAAACACUGACAAAUGAGGUAGUGAAAGAACUGUUAGAAAAGGUUAACGAAGCUGCUAAAAGAGGAAAGAAGUUUGUGGGAUUUCUAACCCAACAUUUUCCUCAACCUAAAGCCUGUAAUGGAACAAGCACAGAUGGAAAUGCAGAGCUGGAAUCCACACUGGGCAGAAGAAAUAGGGAACAUGGAAGAAAAAAUUCUGAUGAAAACUAUAGAAACUGGAAUGAAGGGACCUUGAGUGGUCAGUCAUCUGAGAGUGGGAUAGAGGAAGAACUGCAAGGCGAAAGCAGUCUGUUACAAGAUGCAGAUUUCCAGUUUGGAAAAGAAGUCAGCCCUGUUAAACCACGAAAAGGAGACGACAAGCUGUAUACAGUCUUCAAUGUUUUUGAUGAUGAUUCUACCUGCUGGAACUAUCAUGAAGGUGUUUUGUCUGUGAAAGUAACAAGAAAGGGGCCAGUUAUUAGUACACUGGAAGCAGACUGGCUAGAAUUAACCACAUUUUACUACAAACAAGGAUUGUCCUUAAUUGAGUCUUUUGUACACUGGGAAACUUCUAAAGGGGACUAUUUGCCCAAAUCUUUAGAAGGAUUAUUUAUCUAUGAAGAAGAAGGUGCUGGGGUUCCAGGUUCUAACAGGAAAGGAAAUGAUGCCAUAGUUGUUGAACAAUGGACAGUCAUUGAGGGGUGUGAAAUUAAAACAGAUUAUGGACCUUUAUUGCACACGCUGGCUGAGUUUGGAUGGCUCCUCACCUGUGUCCUGCCUACACCUAUCAUACGACAUGACAGUGAAGGAAAUCUGGCCACAAAGCAAGUAGUUUUUCUUCAGAGACCUGUUAUGUGCAGUUCUGCCGUCCAGACACCAGAGAGGAAAUCCUUAAGACAAGUUACUGGGGAGGAAAAAAGCAAAGUCUGCAGCAGAAGUGUUGGAUUAGACACAGCUACCUCUUGCCCUGUAGAAACUGGACAACCAUCUGAUGAGUUUCACCUCGCUCCUUCUAAACAAUGUUGGAUCAAGGAGGGAUCCUCCCAGUAUGGAGGCUUUCCAGGAUUCAGUAGCAGUGAUGGAGUAUUAAGGGAACUGGAUGAUGGACAAUUUGAUCAGGAAGAUGGAGUCACUCAGGUCACAUGUAUGUGAUAACGUAAGUAACUGUAUCAGAUGGACAUGUACAUAAUUCACUUUAAAAAAAUCAAAAACAACAAAAAAAUCCCAACCCAACAUACUACUUCAAAUGCAUUGGUAUAAUCCUAUUACUUUUCCCAGACUCCUUUUGGGUUUUUGUCUGUUUCUUUGUUGUGUUAAUCCUACUGUAGUAAUAAUACUACUGCAAAAUAAUUUGGUUUUCUGUCUCUCUUUAAUAGAGUAACUACAUGACUGGGUGCUCUGCUAACUUGUUAAUGCUUUUGACAAGCAAGGAAGCAAAUGCUGCAAAACAGUGACAGUUUGAAUUGUGUGAGAGAGAAAAGAAAGAGGAUGUGUUUAGUAUAUUCCACAAGCUGGAGGAGUGUUGUAUUUGGUUUUUUAAGGGUGUUGUAAAUACUGGUGGGGAAAAUGAACUGUCUGGUUGUUGUUAAGUUUUAAUGUAUCUUUCACUUUACUUGCCUUGCAUGAGUUCAAAAGCCUAAAGAAAUUAAGUCUUACGCUAGAGUGUUUAGGCUGCGUUCAGACUUGGCACAUACAGAAAACCUUGGAGGCUGUAGGCAGACACUUACUCCUGUAAUAUAACUUCACGUAUGCAGGUUUUACCGGCGUUCCUUGUACAUCUAAGCCAAAAGCUAUCUGAGGAUAUAGCUUGUCUAAUGAUGUAUUCAUAAUUUACUUACAAGUGGAAAUUAAGAACCACCCACCCCCUGAAAGAUAACUUGCAGUUUCUGAAAAAGUAGUUUGAGAAGCUCACUAAAGCAGCAUUGACAGCAGCGUGCACAGUGAUGCUGAUAAUGCAGAGGAGGAGGAAGGAGGCUAAACUUACUAGGCAAUAUUAGAUCAUAGACUAUACACAAAUAUGCUGAUAUAUAUAUAAAAAAUUUAUCAGCUGAAUGUAUGUCACACUGGGUGAGGUGUAUUCACAUGCAUCAAACACCAGAAGGAAUGUUCAGAGGACGAAGUUGCUGUGUUUCCAUCCUCACCGUGGGGAGGAGCUCCUUGCGUUAAGGGAGGUAGACACUGGCGGGGCUCUGUGGGCAGAGGCAUGAACAGGAAUUAUUUUUACGCUGCUGUCUUGAAAUUGCAUUUUACAGAGGAGUUGAAUAAAAAUGCAUCUCCAGAAGGUAAAUGUGAUGAUAACUAAAAACUCCAUCUUUCAGUUAGUUUUGGAAGCAAAAGAUGGAAAAUAGUUUGGUCAAAAUGAGCAGUCGGAACAGAACUGAGCAGAUGUAUUCACAACACUUCUCUCGGUGUUUGCAGUACGGCACGUGCAUCACCCAGGGAUUUUGGUGCCUGUGUGUGUGUGCUUUACAUUUACCCCACUCCCCUGGUGGGGUAUCCCACCAGAUGCCGUGGGAGCCUCCUUGUCCACAGUGGCAGCUGCUGGCACUAAAGGCAGUGGGCAAAUUAGUGCAGUGACAGGAAUGCCGGUAACGUGACUGCAAACAAGCACCCCAGGAGAUGACCAGGACAGUGGAAGUCAGACUGUGAUCUUGGUGGCAGGGAGCUGUGCAGAAAGAAGGCUGGCAAAAGCUGCUUAUUUCAGUAGCCAAAAAGUAACUUAUGAAAGGAAAAAAAGAGUUACACUUGCUAGGAUAAGCAAAAGUAGUACAAAGCCUUAGUGGUAUUUCAGUUUAUUUUUACAAGGCAGGGGAAACCCUUUCUACUUGCAUGGGUGUCAUAGUGGGAGCUUGAAACGAUUAUUGCUUUGGAGCUGCAUCCCAGUUUCAUUAUGAAAUUGUAGGCAGGCUUGUUUGUUUUUUUCACUUUGGAAGAGCAACUCUAACAACUGUUUGUGGCAGGUUUGGAGUUGCUUUUUUUAAAAAAAAUCAUCUAUAGCCCUGGAGCUGGAAACAUUCUUUCGGCUUGGUUUUCCUAUUGCACAUUUUGAAAAGGGCAGCUUCCAUUUUCUCAUUUGAAUUUCUUAAGAAAAAUGCUGGCAGCCUGGCAGGAUAGUUCCGCAUUGUGACUGUUCUAAGAGCCAAGUACAGCCAGUAGGGCAGGAGGAGGACCGUGCACACUGCGGGGAGCGAUGAGGGCGCAGGAGUACCUGGGAUAGCACGCACGGUAAGAAAUCCACUCUUGACAAAGGCUUCUCUCCCUGCUUUCCCACCAGCAUCUCAAGGUCACGGAUGCGGGGCACAAACCUCGCGUUCAUUCCUUAUCUGGGGGGGCAUCACACGGAGGAGGAUCGCCCCAUUAAUGGGGAGGGUGCUGGACCGGGUGGUGCCUCACACAGCAGUCUCCUCCAUGGAAAAAAUAUGAAGAUACACAUGACAUGUGUCUCUGGCAGAAAGCCAAGUAACUCUAGCAGAUUAAAAAUGGGGGUAACAGCUGGUCUUGUGCAACUUGGAAUAUGUUGCUCUACUUGAAGUAUUUGUCAUGACUUAUCCAGAACUCGUGCGUGUGUGUGUGUGUGUAAUUUUAACUACUGGUGAUCCUCCAUACAACUCAAACUUGUAAAACCAGCAAAAAUUGGUCAAAACCCCCUAGCAAUUCUAAAUAUUCCAAGUUAAAGCUCUUAAAGUACAACAAAGAAAUGACCUUUUGUAAAGAAGUAUCCCUGCGUAAGAUUGUUAACAGUAGAGAAUCCUAAACCAAAAGUGUACUACAACUGUUUAAAUAAGGUACAAUGUAUAAAUUAAUAAAUUGAAUGCAGUUAAUCUUUCUAGAAUACAUUUAUUGAAUAAAAAGCAUCAUUUAACUUUUAA